AGCAACAGCUCGUUGACGGAGCCGAGCUGCAGGCAUCUGACUGGAGUCAUCGUCUCAUAUCCUCGCUGAACAGAAAGGGCUCCGCGUGUCUGCAGAUGGAGACGCCGGGGAGAAUAGCAGGCACAUCGGAUGCUCUGGACUUCACGGUGGAAAACGUAGAGAAGGCUCUCCACCAGUUGUACUAUGAUCCCAACAUUGAAAACAAGAAUCUGGCCCAGAAAUGGCUGAUGCAAGCUCAAGUUUCACCUCAAGCCUGGCAAUUCUGCUGGGCCUUACUAAGCCCAGAUAAGGUGCCAGAGAUUCAGUACUUUGGAGCUAGUGCACUUCACACCAAAAUCUCAAGAUACUGGUCAGAUAUUCCCUCAGACCAGUAUGAUUCUCUGAAAAGCCAGUUGUUCUCCCAGAUUGCCCGUUUUUCCUCCAGCUCCAAGAUGGUGCUCACCCGUCUGUGCGUGGCACUGGCCUCUUUGGCUCUCAACACGAUGCCUGAGGCCUGGCCUGGCGCAGUGGCAGAAAUGGUUCGAGUGUUUCAGGAGGAGGGGGGAGGGAUGGAUGGACAGGCACGGUGCCUGGCAUUGUUGGAGCUGCUCACUGUCUUACCCGAGGAGUUUCAAACUAGCCGCCUGCCGCAAUACCGAAAAGGACUGGUCCGAGGAGCCCUGGGCCGAGAGUGGGGAUCUGUCUGUCCUCUAUUGCAACAACUUCUUCGGAGGACAGAUAGUCCAGGGGCAGUGAAAGCUCGUGUGCUGCGCUGCCUUUCAUCCUGGAUGCUGUUGGACGUGCCCCUCAACGAGAGUGAAAGCCUGGUUCAUGACUGCUUCAGUGCCCUCCCUGACCCAGAGCUUUUCGACACAGCAGUAGAGGCAAUAGUCAAUGCUAUUUCGCAGCCGGACUCCCAAAGAUAUGUGAACACUUUGCUGAAACUUGUUCCUCAAGUACUCGCUCUCCAGGAUCAGGUAAGAGAGGCUGUUCAGAAUGGAGACAUGGAGACCUGCCAUGGAAUCUGUCGGAUUGCCGUCACUCUGGGAGAGAACCACUCGAGGACCCUGUUGGAGCAGGUGAACCACUGGCAGAGCUUCCUGGCUUUAGUCAACAUGAUCAUGUUCUGUACGGGCAUUCCUGGCCACUAUCCAGUCAAUGAGACCACCAGCUCCCUCACACUCACUUUUUGGUACACACUACAAGAUGAAAUCAUGUCAUUUGAGUCAGACAAGCAGGCAGUGUACCUUCAGGUCUACAGGCCAGUUUAUUUCCAGUUGGUGGAUGUUCUGCUGCACAAAGCUCAGUUCCCCUCUGACCAGGAGUAUGCGUCCUGGUCCUCAGAUGAAAAGGAGCAAUUCAGGAUUUACAGGGUGGAUAUCUCGGACACACUCAUGUAUGUAUACGAGAUGCUGGGAGCAGAGCUGCUGAGUAACCUGUAUGAUAAACUAGGUCGAGUGUUGACUAAUAUGGAGCAGCCUACCUCAUGGCAGCACACAGAAGCUUUGCUGUAUGGCUUUCAGUCCAUAGCAGAGACGAUAGAUGUGAAUUAUUCUGACGUCAUCCCAGGCUUGAUAGGACUCAUCCCCAGAAUCAGCAUCAACAACGUUCAGUUAGCUGACACUGUGAUGUUCACAAUAGGUGCUCUGGCUGAAUGGUUGGCAGACCACCCAGUGAUGCUCAGCAGUGUCCUGCCUCUGGUGUUACAAGCAUUAGGCAACCCAGACCUUUCUGUUUCUUCUGUCUCAACGCUUAAGAAAAUUUGCAGGGAGUGCAAAUAUGACCUGCCACCGUACGCAACUAACAUUGUAGCAGUGUCUCAGGAGGUGCUCAUAAAACAAAUCCACAAGACAAGUCAGUGCAUGUGGCUGAUGCAGGCUCUGGGAUUCUUGCUCUCUGCUCUCCCUGUGGCAGACAUUUUAAGAAAUCUUCAUUCUCUCAUCACGCCCUACAUUCAGCAACUGGAGAAGCUUGCAGAUGAGACGCCUAAUCCCUCCAAUAAGCUGGCGAUCAUUCACAUCCUGGGGCUGCUUUCUAAUCUGUUCACCACGCUUGACAUUAGCAAGCAAGAUGAUGAGUCAGCUGAUUGUUCUGUGCCACCUGUCAAAACAACCCCACCUCCACUUGGUCCAAAUCCGGUGGUGGUGGUUUUGCAACAAGUUUUUGCCCUUAUUCAGACGGUACUCAGCAAGUGGCUCACUGACUCGCAGGUCGUAGAGGCAGUGUGUGCCAUCUUUGAGAGGUCGGUGAAGACUCUGCUGCAUGACUUUGCUCCCAUGGUUUCUCAGCUCAGUGAAAUGCUUGGACAGAUGUACAGUACAAUUCCCCAGGCCUCAGCACUUGACCUCACACGACAGAUGGUGCAUAUAUUUUCCAGUGAGACAGACUAUUUUCCACCAAUCAAGGCUCUGUUUGAACUGGUUACCUCGGUAACGCUGUCUGUCUUCCAGCAAGGACCCAGGGAUCAUCCUGAUAUUGUUGAUUCAUUUAUGCAACUCCAAGCUCAGGCCCUCAAACGGAAACCUGAUCUGUAUUUGUCUGAGAGUCUUGAUGUGAAAGCAGUGUUCCACUGUGGAAUCCUGUCACUCAAAUUCCCCGAGGCUCCGACAGUCAAAUCUACGUGCUUGUUCUUUACUGAGCUGCUGCCCCACUGCUCAGAUGUGCCUCCGUUAGCCAGGGUGGUGCAAGAAGACGGCAAGUUGCUGGUACGAGCCGUGCUAGAGGGAAUUGGUGGCGAAGCAUCUCGGAGUCUAAUGGACCAGUUUGCAGAAGUGCUGUUCAGUCUGAAUAAGCACUGCUUCUCUCUGCUGACUGUGUGGUUAAAAGAGGCUCUGCAGCCUCCGGGAUUCCCAUCAUCACACGUCUCAACUGAGCAGAAAAACAACUUUUCCCAGCAGAUACUGAGAGAGCGAGUGAACAAGAGGAGGGUGAAAGACGUCGUAAAGGAGUUCACACUGCUGUGCAGAGGUCUCCAUGGUACAGAGUAUGCUGCCGAAUACUGAAACUUGCUUCAUAAACUCCCACCUAUCUGUGACCUUUACUCUCAGAGCAAAAUAACUGGAUGCCACAGCAACAAAGUUCUCUAAAACCCCAAGAAGAUAUCACAAUAUUAACGGAAUGAGACUCCGUCCAGUUUCAGGAUGAAACAAGGAACCACUGCAGCACAGACCUGCCAUCAGAUCAACAAGUCAACUCCCAGCAGGCCAUCCUCUCUGCUCAGUUAUAACUCUUUACUGAUAUUAGACUGAGUAUUUCU